ACAAUGAAGGCAUGUCAGGUGCGUUUUACGGAGUAUCGAAUCGGAGCGCUAUGAUGGAUGGCGCCAUAAACUUGAAAUGGAAUGAGCACAGUAAUUAAUCAAUCGACAUUGAUGAUUAUGGAGGAUACAAAGAAGGCAUUGACAGCAUGACUGGACGAGGAUGAGUUUUAUGAUAUUGAGAUAAUGGAGAAGAGAAGAGAUACAGAAUUGAAUAAGAUGUGUCUGCACACCUUCCCAUGCCCUGCGACAUACAAACAGGACAUGGGAAGGUGUGUUGAAGCACAUUGUCUUUCCAAAUUACCUUUACAUAUAUCUUUAGCAAUAUCUUCAACUCACCUUUUUGUACUCUCGUUCUUCUAUUUGCACUUAGAUCGAGUCAGUGAUAAUGAUAAAAUGAGCGAAACCCAGACCAUCCUGCAGAAGCAACUACCAACGAGACAAUCAACCCCAGAUUCACCUUCAUCCUUACAGAACAUUCCUCCAGGCUCUAAGCGCAAGGAGAUUAAAUCUGUUAAGGGUGUAUUGAAUUCUGGUAUGAACGCACCUUUGAAUGGAGGAUCAAGAUCUCGUCCUCCCUCAACCCCAGGUUCUCCUCUUGUGGAGUAUCGUAUGCAACUCUUUGGACAGCAACAACAGCAACAGCAACAACAACAGACAGCGCCAGGCGAAUCGUCUCUAGUAAAUGGACUUUCCUCAGCCGCUGCUCGAUCCGCUAAAGUCAAAUCAGAUCUGCUAAUGGGUCUAAACUCACCCAAUAUCCGACCCGAUCGUUUUUCUACUACAACUAUGAAGGAUACAUCUGAAUCUACCCAGCAACAGGGCAUUAAGAUGGCCAAUGGCCACGGUGGAUUUUACGCAUCGAGCAGCCCUUAUAUCUCUAACAGCUAUUCUAAUAACGCGAAUGGCUAUGGUAGUAACCCGACCACUGGCGCUGCUUCUGGGCCUCCCCCAGGCUUUGGCAACUCUGCAUCUGGAUCUGGUAAUAAUAGCCCUUAUUUGAUGUCGACUCUAUUGGGUCGCGUACAGGAAAAUAACUCUAAUAAGCCUUUGGACGUGGCCAGUAUGAUGAGCGCGCUAGAUUUCUUUGGUCCUGGUCAAGCAAGCUCGCUAAUGAUGUCACCUAACUGGAAUCUGGCAAACGGAACCAACAUGAACGACAAUAACUUUGGUGGCAAUGGAAGCAGUGGCCAGUCACACUUAAUAAACGGCGGGGCUCUGAGCGUUGGGAGCGAUGAAUCGAACGGCAAUACCAUAGUUAAUACCAAUAAUAACAAUAGCAACAAUCAUGCCAAGAAUGCUAACGAUGAUAAUAGCGACAAUACGAAUAAUGACACCAUCACAUCGGCGAGCGCACACAGUGUUGAGGAUUUAGAGCUUCAGGUCAUUAACGCCAAGAUGGAGACUCAAAUGUUGGAAAAUCAGUUGAACGCUGUCAUCAAGCGCAACCGUCGCAAGCUGUAUGCUUGAUAUAUUAAUGAAUGAAGGAAACCGAAACUAUCCACAAUAUUGUAGAAUAAAAUAAAGAAGAUUAGAUAGAUGUCUU